AAUUUCCGAUCCAGUAAAAGUAAACUUUCAUCACCACUGUCUUCCCUCCCUCCCCUAGGGUUUCAGUUCUUCACCUCCAACGGUUACUGUGAACUGUUAACUUUCAUCACCUGCAUUUUUUUCACAAAUCUGUUGAGGUAUUCGUUAUCCUGUUGAUGCUAACGACGGUUCUACCGCCGUUAACCGCCACCGGAAGCUGCUACUUGACGCCGAUGAUACUCUUUUAACAACGGCGUUAGGGUUUAGCGUCUCAGUAGUGCGUCAUACUCUUUCAAUACGAAUAGGUGCUUUUGAAGAAUCUCACUGACUGAAUAAGUACCACAGAGUACGCAUUAACUGAAAAUGGCUGUGUAUUUAGACUCCUCAGACUCGUAUCAUAAUCAUCUUGUAUCUCAGUUUAAGAAAAGAAAAGUAACUUCGGACGGUGAUAAUGGCUCGUUAGUGUGUUCACUCACGUGUUUACCUACUCUUCAAGCUUCUGAUUAUUUUAUGGAACCUAGUUUGAGUGAGUUGAUCUCAAGGGAACUCAUGGAUCCAGGUUACUGUGCUAGGGUUCAAAACUUUACGGUUGGUAGGUACGGAUACGGAAACGUUAAGUUUUUUGGGGAAACCGAUGUCAGAUGGUUAGAUUUAGACCAGAUUGUUAAGUUCAGAAGGCACGAGAUUGUUGUUUAUGAAGAUGAAACCGUCAAACCGUCGGUUGGUAAGGGGCUUAACAAAGCUGCCGAAGUAACUUUAAUACUUCAAACAGAUUCCUCAAUUGAGAAGUUGAAAUUAAGUGCAGAAAAUCAAGGAGCUGAGUUCAUUUCUUUUGACCUGAGCCAAAAAGAAUGGAAGUUUUCUGUUCAACAUUUUAGCAGAUUUGGGUUGAGUGAUGAUGAGGAGGAUGAUGUCAUGAUGGAUGAUGCUGAUGUCGAUGUUAGAGAACGAGAACAGGUUACAAUGAACGAUAACGACGGUUCUGAUCUUGACGAAGGCAGCCCGUUAACAGAUUCUCGUUUACUUUCUCAUUCGCUUCCUUCGCACCUCGGGCUCGAUCCCGUUAGAAUGAAGGAGAUGAGGAUGAUGAUGUUUUCUCCUGAAGAAGAAGAGGAUGACGCCGAAUUAGAUAACUUAAACGGCACGUUUUCACACCAUAGACCGUUACACGGUAACAAAACGGUGCAAAGAUCCAGCCCGUUAACAAUUCGGAAGACCCCACUAGCUUUACUCGAGUACAAUCCCGGUAGUUUUGCUUCAAGUGAUAAUGGGUCUAUUUUACUCUCUCAACAAAACAAAGGGGUUCCUUUGACAAUAACAAAAGUUCAAGGGUUUAAACUGGAAAUUAAGGAAACACCAGUAACAAAAAGCUAUUCGAAGAACAUAGUUGAUGCUGGAUUGUUGAUGGGUAGGUCGUUCGGUAUAGCAUGGGGUCCAAACAACCUUCUUAUUCACUGUGGUUCCGUUGGUGACAGUAAUAAGAGUCCACAUCUUUCUUCUACAAUAAGUUUAGAAAAAGUUGCAACUGAUAAUGUCGUCAGAGAUGAAAACAACAAAAUACGUGAAGAACUUAUUGGUUUAUGCUUCGAUUCUCCGUUAAGUUACCAUAAAGAAAUUAAUUUUGAAACGAAUGAAUUCAUAGUUGAUUCAUAUAAGUUAAAGGCUCGAAAGCUUGUGUUUAACCGUUUGGAUUUAUCGCAUGUAUGCCGCCAAUAUAUCGGGAUUAUCGAAAAGCAGUUAGAAGUACCAGGAUUAUCUUCUUCUGCUCGUGUGAUGUUAAUGCACCAAGUUUUUGUUUGGGAACUUAUAAAUGUUCUUUUUUCCUCAAAAGAAAGUUCUAUAGAAGCUGACGUGGCAGCACUCCCGUUGAUUCGAAGAGCAGAGUUCAGUGUUUUGUUACAAGAAAGUGUUUGUCACCGUGUACAAGAAGAAAUAAGUUCGUUAAACGAUUCAAAAGAUUUACAACAGUUGUUUUUACUUUUAACUGGCCGACAAAUCGAUGCGGCCGUUGAAUUGUCGGCAUCUAGGGGAGAUGUACGACUCGCUUGUCUGUUAACCCAAGCUGGUGGGUCCACCAUUAACCGUAUGGACAUCGAUCGACAACUCGACCUUUGGAAAACCAACAGUCUAGAUUUCGGUUUUAUUGAGAAGGAUAGGAUAAGGCUUUUCGAGUUGCUUGCAGGUAAUAUCCACGGGGCAUUAGGUGAAAUGGAUAUCGACUGGAAACGGUUUUUAGGAUUGCUGAUGUGGUAUCAUCUUCAACCUGCUUCCGAUUUGACUUCUAUAUUUCAAACCUAUCAACACCUUCUAGAAGAUGGGCGGGCCCCGUAUCCGGUUCCUGUCUACAUAGAUGAAAAACUGGUAAUGGAUAAAAUAAGUUGGAGUCCUGGUAACCGUUUCGAUCUUGCGUAUUAUUUAAUGAUUCUUCAUAGUAACGAAGGGAGAGACGUUACUAAUAUUCACAUGUUGAAGACUAUGUUUAGUGCGUUUGCUUCAACUCACGAUCCGCUUGAUCAUCAUAUGAUAUGGCAUCAGCGUGCAGUGUUGGAAGCGGUUGGAACGUUUAGUUGUGAUGAUCUUCAUGUUCUUGAUAUGGGAUUUGUUUCACAGUUGUUAAACCUAGGACACUGUCAUUGGGCUAUCUAUGUUGUGCUCCACAUGUCACAUCGUGAUGAUUAUCCGUAUCUGCAAGCUAGUGUCAUUCGGGAAAUCUUGUUUCAGUAUUGUGAAACAUGGAGUGCUCAAGAAAACCAACGACAGUUUAUUGUGGAUUUGGGAGUUCCUUCGGCUUGGUUGCAUGAGGCCUUGGCGGUAUAUCAUGCUUAUAGUGGAAAUUCUUUCAAGGCUCUUGAACACUAUCUUGGAUGUGGUUUUUGGCAAAAAGCACAUUCAACCUUCAUAACUUCCGUUGCACAUUCUCUUUUCAUGUCAGGCAAACAAUCAGAGAUAUUGAGGCUGGCAACCUCUAUGGAAGACCAUAAAUCCGAGAUCGAAAACUGGGACUUGGGAGCUGGAAUUUUUAUAACUUUUUAUUCACUUAAAAGCUCUUUGAAGGAAGAUGAUUCGAUGACUGAACUGGUGUCUCUCCAGGACAAGAAUGACGCAUGCAGAAAGUUUUUUAGUCGUUUGAAAGGAUCUUUAGCAUUUUGGGAAGGCCGCUUGCCUAUUGAUGCCAGGUGCUGAAACAAUUUAUUGCUAAUUUUCCUAUUUUACCCUUGUCAGUAAAUUACAAAAUGGUUAGUUAUAGAGACCAUGAGAAAGAUAUGUUAAAGAUUCUUAUUUUAGGCUAAUAUAGUAAAAGUGAUAUAACUAAAUGAGCCAAAAACAUAAUUUACUCUUUAGGGUUUAAUUUUAGGAGACUUUGUAAAAUUCUAACCUUAACCUUCUCCACUUCUCCGUUUCAAUUCUAAGUUCACUUUUUGUACUCCCUUGGGCUUUGGCCCAAUUUUGUAUCCUGUUUAUGUAGGCAACUAGUUGAUGUCCCGUCGCCCGCGUUGCGGGGCGAUGGCCGAAUAGUUCUCAAUCAUUUAAAAAAACACUACUAUAAUUUUUGUAGGAAAAAAACUAAAACGAUGAUAAAACCGUAAUUUUGAGCUCAUGGCAAAACUGUAAUUUUUUAUGACUAAUGAGCGAGUGUUAUGCAGCUCCUUUAAACAGAAAAAAAAAUUAAAUCGAGUCAACCAAUUAAAACAAAAAACUUUUAUAGUUUUGCUACAAAAAUUAAAACGAUGGGGAAAACGUAACUUUGAACUGAGGGGGAAAUCAUAAUUUUGUUUCGGGGAUAAAAUCGUAAAUUAAAUGGACCAAUGGGGUUGAGGGCAAAAUCGUAACUUGGCUGUGUGAUGGAAAAAACUAAUGGCAAAACUGUAAAUUUAAACGGCGCAAAAUCAUAAUUUUGAACCGAGGGCAAAAUUGAAAUUUUUAGCUGGAGCAAAAGCGUAAAUUUAUUUUUAAAUGGGGUAAAAACAUAAUUUUGAACAAAUGGCAAAAUCGUUAUUAUAAGAAAAAAACCUAAUGGUAAAACUGUAAAUUUAAACGGGGCAAAAUCGUAAUGUUGAACCGAGGGCAAAAUUGAAAAUUUUUAGCUGGGAGCAAAAGCGCAAAAUUUAUUUUUAAGUGAGGGUAAAAGCAUAAUUUUGAACUGAUGGUAAAACCGUAAUUUUAAAACGGGAAAAAAUCGUAAAUUUGUUGGGCCAGAAAGGGAGUGUCAUGCAUGACUAUAAAUAUAAACGUGGUAAAAUCGUAAUUUAAAAAAAAAAAAAAAAAAAGAAAGAAAAAGUGGCGCAUGUGAC